AUCGCUGUGAAGAGCGGAAUAUGAGGACUGCGUAUAUAUAGUGGUCGUGUCCAUGCUCGUUAUUGUCCUAGCUGGUUCAGUCAUUUAUUCUUAAAGUUCACCUACGUCAGUAUUAAAGUGAUUCCCGGUCUAUAUUGCACGAAGAACGACGAGACUGAACGUGUUGAUAAGAGCAUUAUCAGCUUGUAUACCGGGAAUAGGCCGGUACGAAAUUGAUAGCAGUUCAAAUCCGCUGAGAGAGUAGCUCUCAAAAGGAUUGUGGCGAAGAUGCCCUCACAAAUCAGGUACUGCCUACGUGUGGCAAGGCAAGUCACUGCUCGACAGAACAAGCACCAGCAAUUCCUCGUUCGCGCAUUCUCAAGCUCCGUUCGCCGAUGCGAAAUCAACAAAAUCCUCCCAUCCGCCGAAGAAGCUAUCAAAGACCUCAAAUCCAACUCAACCCUCUUAGCCGGAGGCUUCGGACUAUGCGGUGUCCCCGACACUCUUAUAAACGCUGUCCGAGCCAACCCCCAAAUCACAGGCCUUACUGCAGUCAGUAAUAACGCCGGAGUUGACGGAUCCGGAUUAGGCUUGCUUCUUGCCAGUAAACAAAUCAAAAAGAUGAUUGCUAGCUAUGUUGGUGAAAACAAGACGUUUGAGCGCAUGUAUCUCAGUGGCGAGAUUGAGUUGGAGUUAACUCCCCAAGGUACACUAGCUGAACGAUGUCGUGCGGGCGGAGCAGGCAUUCCUGCUUUCUAUACGCCAGCUGCGUUUGGAACGGUGGUUCAGACCGGUGAACUACCCCUAAAACAUAACAGUGAUGGCACCGUGGCCCUGUACGGAGCACCGCGAGAUGUUAAGGUCUUCGAUGGGAAGAGUUACGUUAUGGAGGAAGCUAUCAAGGGCGACUAUGCAUUUGUCAAGGCUUGGAAGGCAGAUAAAUUGGGUAACUGCCAGUUCCGAUACGCCGCAGCCAAUUUCAACGGUGCCAUGGGCCGAAACGCGAAAAUGACCAUUGUUGAGGCAGAACAUAUCGUUGAAGUAGGCGAAAUUGAACCUGCCGCCGUCCAUCUGCCAGGAAUCUACGUGAAACGCGUGAUUCAGAGCACAGAAGAAAAACAAAUUGAGAAACGAACAUACGCCAAGGAAGAAGGCGAUGAUAUGUCCGCUCUCGGAAAAGGAGAUACAGCAAACAAGCGUGAGCGAAUCGUGCGACGUGCUGCAAAGGAAUUCAAGAACGGCAUGUAUGCGAACUUGGGUAUUGGAAUGCCCAUGUUGGCACCAAACUUUGUCGACCCAUCUGUCGAGGUUAUGUUGCAAUCGGAGAAUGGUAUUCUUGGAUUAGGGCCGUAUCCCAAGCAAGGUCAGGAAGAUCCCGAUCUUAUUAAUGCUGGCAAGGAGACUGUGACUCUUUUGCCGGGAGCUGCUGUUUUUGGUAGUGAUGAGUCUUUCGGUAUGAUUCGCUCGGGACGUAUUGAUUUGACUAUUCUCGGGGCUAUGCAAGUCAGUGCCCGAGGUGAUCUUGCGAACUGUAAGUUUAUAUUCUUCGAUUAACCUGGCUCUUCGUUGCUAAAGCUGUCUUAAGGGAUGCUUCCGGGCAAAAUAAAGGGAUUUGGUGGUGCCAUGGAUCUUGUCUCCAACCCUUCAGCGACCAAAGUUGUCGUGACGAUGGAGCACACAGAUAAAAAGGGCAAUCCAAAGAUCUUGAAGCAGUGUGAAUUCCCAUUGACUGGCAAGGCAUGUGUCAGCCGAAUCAUCACAGAGCUGGCUGUCUUUGAUGUUGAUUUCACUGAUGGGUUGACUUUGAUUGAGAUUGCUGAUGGUGUCACCGUUGACGAGGUUAAGGCUAAGACCGGUGCUCCCUUCAAGGUUACCGAUGACCUGAAGCCGAUGUUGUAACUCGUUACAAGGGCUGAUGAUUGAUGCCUGUAUUCUAUAUCCUCUUGCGCAUAUAAAUGAUUUUCAGUGCACAUUACCAUCAUAACAACUAUCACUGAUCCAUU